AUGGUUGGUUCAAGUCUCGUUGGCCUAUUGGCUGUUGUUCUCCAGAUAUGUUUCGUCAAGGCGGUGGACGUAGACGUUGCGGUUUCUGCUUACACCGGCGACGUCGAGUCUGAUUGGACUGCUGUUUACUACUCUGAGCAGAAACCUCUAUUGAUUGGAAACGAUGGGGGUCCUGAUAAGGGAGGCUUUCACGUCUAUGAUCUCAAUUCAAAGGCUCCGUUGGAAGAAGUCGCUGCGAAAACACCUGGACGCAGCAAGCUUGUCACGACAGUUUACGAUGUCAACAAGAAGGAUAUCCUCGUCACUAUCGCUCAGCCUGAUUCUGUUGUCCGCGCUUAUGAGAUGCCAAAGUUUAAGCAGAUCAAAGACGUAGACUUUAAAGUUCUAGGAGAUUGGUCUGCGCUGUGCAGUUGGAAGAGUCCUGCUGGGAACGAUUAUGUCUACUUGUUUGGAAAAGGACAGGCAGUUCAACUACUCCUCCAGGAGACGAAGAAGUCAUUUGAGUUUGUCCAGAUCCAAACUUUCCCUACUGACUUUGAAACAUCGGGAUGUGCCGUUUCACGCUCCGAGUCUCGCAUGUACAUCUCUACAGAUGACGACAAGAGCGUUUAUGCCUUUUCACUUAAAGAGUCUACAAAAGCGCCCAAGAUCACCAAGGUUGGCAAGGCAGAAGACGAUGUGACCGGCUUGGCCGUCUACGUUCCCAAGAAGGGCUCCGACUACUUAUUUGUCGCCCAGACUGACAAAGUCGCUGUCUACGAUUCCUCUUUCAAGCUCAAGGGCACAUUAUCUUUGACCGGCCAAGAAGACAUUGAAGUGCAGGGUCUGAACAUAUAUCAAGGUGCUACGAGCAAGUAUCCUGCUGGUGCUCUGACAUACGCCAUUGAGUCAGAGGAUGUCAACGGUUUCGCUGUCUCGUCCCUUGAGAAUGCUUUGGAGAAACUCAAGCUUGAGACCAACACGAAGUACGACCCCAGAAAGGUCAAGACAGACACCAAGACUGAGUCAAUCUGCAAAACUUGCGGGGGAAACGGCUACUGUAUCAAGGACAAGAAGAGCAAAUGCGAGUGCUUCGCUGGGCUUGCUGGGAAUACCUGCAGUAGGUUCACCUGCACCGACAAGUGUUCCGGCCAUGGGAAGUGUGUUGGACCCAACGAGUGUAAAUGCGACAAGGGAUGGGGUGGUCUUCACUGCUCGUUUCUUCUCAUCGAGCCAACCUACGAGACUGAAUCUCGUCUUGGUGAUGGCGAUGAUCCCGCCAUUUGGAUCUCGCCUGAGGGACCGGAAAAGUCUCGAAUCGUCACGACGAUGAAGUCUGGAAAGGAAGCUGGUCUUGGGGUCUUCGACUUGGCUGGUAAUCUUCUCCAGUCUUUCACAGCUGGCGAACCUAACAAUGUCGACAUGAUCUAUGGCUUCAAGGCAGGUAAUCGAAAGGUUGACCUCGCUUUUGCUGCUUGUAGAGCUGAUGAUACUCUCUGUCUCUUCGAGAUGUUGCCCAACGGCACAUUGACCAACAUUCCUGGCGGUAUUCACCCUGUUGUCGAUGACUACAAAGUCUACGGCUCAUGCACCUACAAGUCACCCAAGACAGGAAAGCAAUAUCUCUUCGUCAACGAGAAGUCAGCACGAUAUCUCCAGUACGAACUCACUUCCACAUCUAAAGGAGAACUCCAGACAAAGCUUGUCCGAGAGUUCCAAGGCGGCAGUGGAGGCCAAGUAGAAGGCUGUGUAUCCGACGAGGAGAACGGCUGGAUCUUCCUCGGCGAAGAACCCUCUGCCCUGUGGCGAUACGACGCAGAGCCCGAUUCAAAAGACAAGGGUGUAGUAAUCGGCAAAGUCGGCGAUGGCAACCUCUACGGCGACGUUGAAGGCGUGACCCUCGUCUACGGCUCCAAGCCCACGGAGGGUUUCAUCCUAGUAUCAUGCCAAGGCGUCAGCGCAUACAACGUCUACCGCCGAGCCGCUCCUCACGAGUUCGUUACCACCUUCACACUCGUAGAGUCAUCAGACGGGCAGAUCGACCCCGUGUCCAACACAGACGGCAUAACAGCUGUGGGAACGGCUCUGAACAAGGAUUUCCCUCAUGGUUUGGUGGUUGUGCACGAUGAUGCGAACCAACUGCCCAAUGGCAAGACCAGUGCUGAGGCGAGCUUCAAGCUGGUUAGUCUUGAGAAGAUCCUGGGGUCCAAGGUGUUGGGGGAAAAGGGCCUGUUGGAUCAGGUGGAUAAGAACUGGGAUCCUAGGAAGUGAAGAACGCAUGGAGCAG